AUGCCAGCUGCAUCAGCGAAGGCCGUGAAGACUAAAACCGACAGGUGUCGUGAUCGCAAGCGCGCCAAGUCCUUGAAGAACUGGAUCGCCAAGCCGUGGGUCAAGCAGUACCUGAGGGAGGCUGCGCAGAGACACCUGCGGAAGUAUCACAAGACGUGCGCAGCUUUGCGGGGCGAGAAGGCCGCCCUCGCUCAACAGGUCAAGCGCCAGCGCAAGGACCUUUUCAACAUGCGUCGCGAUGUCUUCGUGGCCCAGCGCGCAGCCGAGAACAACCAGCGCGCAGCCGAGAACAACCAGAAGGCUUUCCAGAAGGCCAAGAGCAAGAACGACAAGCUGGAGCACCUGGUCGAGGAAACGGCGCGCUUGAGGCGGCAGGCGCAGAAGGCCAGAGCCCAGGGCAAGGCGGAGGGCGCGGCCGCGGCCACGCAGGAGGGGGCGAAGGAGCGCAAGCGCCUUGAGCAAGCCCUUUCUGAGAAGCAGGUCAAGCGUUCUUCUCCGAAUUGUCAGGCUAAGUACAACAACCUCUUGUCGGAGAAGUGCCGCUUCAUCGCUCUGGCCACGGUCGCGCAGCGGGAGAAGUACUUCGAGCUCGCGAAGAAGGCCUCCGCAGGGUGCUCAAACCCCCUCAAAGUUCUCCGCGGUAGUCUUCUACCCAUGGCUUUCGAGUGCGCCUUCGUGCCGCGCGCCAUGCCUGGCCACGUUGGCCACGUCUUGCCGCCAGACGCGGCGCGGCGCAGGGUGGGGCGCACGCAGGAUCGGUUCAACGUGUGCGUGUGGCCCGCGAACAUUGAAGUGCGGGACAGCGGCAACCAGUUCUUUGCUCCCGGCUUCCACGGCAAUUUGUGGGAGUCGAACGAUCCCGCGUUCGAUUAUGUGAUCGUCCGCCCGUACAUGUACGCCGAGGUUGUGGCCACUUGCAUCGGCCACGACGAUCGCGCGCUCGCCUCGCCAGCCGCGAUCGCGAGAUCUUUCCCCGUCUGCGAUCUGCCACAUCGGUCAGGCGCGGUCAGUUGCAGAUCGACGAUGCUCGUUGCGAUCGGCCCGAUCGAUCUGCAGCGGAUAGUGGCUGGCACGUCUGCGAUGCGCGAUGUCGCCCUGCGGUGGGUACUGAGGGCAUUUCCGAUGGAGGCCGCCAACCUGCCCGCCUGCGGCAUGAAGUCUUUCGGGGUGUCCAUGGGAAAAGAGGGGCACACCAACGACGUGAUGGUGGCAGCCUGGGACAAGGCGAAGACCAUGCCCGUUCUCGAGGUCCUUGCGAAGCCCGACGUUGUGGGGAACGUUGACAAGGCUGGUACUGCCGUCGUCUGGGACCUCCCCAUCAAGCAGUGGCGCUAUUCCGCGCGGCGCCCCAUCAAGGGCUUCAUCGACGUCAUCGCGAAUUGCGGCGACCUCUCGGGCGUCAACUGGGAUGUUGUCAAAGAGGCCAUGGCCGAGGGUCGGUACAACGCCUUGCCCCCGCCAUUGGGAAUUUCCGAUGCUGGCCAGAACGAGAUCCCCUGCGUGAUGAGCAUGCACGUGUCCAAGUCCAUGCCUGACGACGGCUACUUGGUGGUGAAGGUGUUCACGUUCCUCGGCGGCGGAGAGCCGAUGGCGGCAAUCCUCGAGAAGAUCGUCGAGGGCGACCCGUGCGUCUUGGACUACCGCCCCGACACCUUCAACACUGUGCGGACGAUGCAGGUGGCAUUGGAGGCGAUGGGUGGGUUGUUGUUCCGCUAUUGGGGGCUGCCGAAGCCUAAGGCAGUUGCGGACAUCGACGCUGGCGAGGUCGCGGAGAAGAAGGCCGCCCUCGACAGAGCGUGGGAUUUCGUGCAGGCGGAGGCCCCCCGCGGAAAUUUCGACGGCCAGAGGGUCCUGUGGUUGGAGCACCAAUACGUGGACCCUGACUCCCCCAUCUACAACAUGAAGCGGGAGUUCGUGAACAGCUUGAUGAAGUGCAUCGCGGACCGCGACCAUUUCGCGACCAAGGAGGACUACUACCCGCUCCUGAAGCCAGACAUCCGCAAGGAGUACCAGCCGAUGACGAACAGGAUCUUGAAGACGCUGAUGGGGAACACGCUGCUUACGAUCGGGGAGGCUGGCUUCGGGAAGACACCCUUCAUGUACAUCUGUGCCAUGGCGACUGCGAGGCACAAUGCAGACGUCGCUAAUGAACGCCACCCAGGUCGUGCCAAGGCUGCUGUUCGGGUAUCCGCAGAGAUGGACUUCUUCCGCGGGGAGGUCGGGGAGCCCUGGGCGCCCUGCAUCUUCGAUGACGGCGACCUCGCAGAUCAGCGGCCUCGCGUCCUCAAGGCCUUCUUUGACCCCACGCAGGCUGAGGCCAUGACCUACGUGCGCUGGGGGGCCGCGAAGUUCGUGCGCGGCCAAGCGAGGUUUGGCGGUGACAACGAAUACAAUGCCAGCGCUGAACCAAAUGGCGAGGAGUGGGGGCUCGCGGCGACGUCGCCCGAUGCUGCAAAGCGGACCACUGCCAUCUUGGUGGACAUGAUUCGGCCCGCCUUCCCUAAGGGUAUGUCCGAGAGCAACUUAGGGGCCAUGCUCAAGCGGUGCAACGUCGCCCUGAACACGCAGCACUCGUUCUUCUUCAGGCCCGCUGGCAAGGACUCGGUCGUUGAGAAGUUGCCCCUCAUGAGCAGCUACAUCACGGCCGAGGCGGGCAAGAUCUUGAUGCGGUUCCUCAGGCACAAGAAGCGCCGCGACCAGGAGGAGUACGACAGGCUCCUCGCCUUUGAGAAGAAGGAGGUGCUCCAGCUCAUGGCCGAGUCGCGCGCAGCAGCGGGCGCGGGCGACGGUGGCGGGGACGGCGCCGAUGGCGCCGCCGCCGCGAGCAGCGCCCCAGCCGGUGCCGCGGCGCCGCGGGAGGCAGGCGUGGCGGGCGGCGUGGAGACCGCGCCCAACGACGGCGGGAUGUCCGACCGCGGCGGCGGCGGCGCCGACGCGCGGGCCGUCUCCGCGGACGAGGAGGACGUGUUCGGCUUCGGCGGCGGCAUGGGGGAGCCCGAGCCGACGCCCCCCAGACAGCUGACGGCCGCGCGGGACGUCCGCGUGAAGGAGAUCAUCAACGCCGAGGCCGACACGCUCAUGAUGGUGCCGUGGCAGGCGGGUGCUGCUCCUGGAUCGAGCGGCGACGGGGGGGCGCCGAGUGGCGCGGCUGCGCCCGCGGACCCCGCGCCCGCCAAGCAGCCCCCGAUCGUCGGCUGCCACGGUGCGCUCUCGGAUGAGGACCAUCGGGAGCAGGUGGCGAUCUUUCGCAGCCUAGCCAAGGCCCACCACGGCGCGCACGAGAACCUGGUAACUCCGCCGCGGAAGACCAGGAAGACGGGUCUGGCCUGCGGCGGGCCGCUCUCCCCCGUGGACAUCCAGGAGCAGCAGGCGAUUUUCGCAUCCAUUGUGGCGCAGGCACACGGCGAGACCCUCGUGGUGGACGACGAUGGCGUCGACUUGGAUGCCGAAAUGGAGACGCUCCUCGAUGACAUCGAGGCGGAGCGCGUUGGCGGCGCGAGCCAGCUUCUGGGUGACCAGACGGCUCGCAUGGCCAUGCGGCCCGUGCCCAUGAAGAAGGUGAAGAAGAGCUCACUCCUGCGCAAACCGAAGAACGCCCCAUACACGCGCCACGGGUCUUCCUCGGUCAGGUCGCGCCUCGACAGGGCAGCAUGGGCUCGGUGCUUGAAGGACUUCGUGAACGCGACGACCAAGCAGGUGAUCGACCGCUUGAAGAAGGACAAGGUCUUGCCUGAGUGGAAGGGCGCGAAGUGCCCCUACUGCCAGAUCGGCAAGCUGGGCCCCUUGAAGGACCAUGGCAAGAAGAAGGGCGGGUGGACCCACAAAUGCUCGAGCGACUGCUGCCGACGCUUCCUCAUGCCGCACGCCUUCCACCCUAUCUUCAAAUGCGGCACGGGGUCGUCGGGGGGGCGCUUGGCGGACCAGGCCGCCGUGCUGUUCUGCGCCGUGGCCCAGUGCUCGCAGACGUCCGCCCGCCUCUUGUUGAAGAACAACCACAAGAUGACAGAGGGCAUUUACUCUGCGCUGUAUGCAGCCCGCGCCAAGUACGUCAACUCCCACGAGAGGAACAUCUCCUUUGGCCAUGACCAGGACGGCAACGCGCUCGAGUGGGCGGACGUGGAGGCGGACGAGGUCGACGUGGCGAAGGGCGAGGACCCGAACGCUGGCCCCCGCACGCAGAAGCCCAUCAUCUGGGAGCAGUGGGGCGGCAUCGUGCAGCGGGGGCACCCCAGGUCCUUGGUCCUCUUCAGGUUGAAGCCAGAGAAGGCCAAGCGUAGGGCGCCUGGCCCUGGCCCGAUUCGGAAGAGGGAUUGGGCGCCCAUGGCGUCCAAGUGGCUAAAGCACCGCCGCGUCAUCCUCCACACGGACGGGGCGAGGUCCUACAAGAUGAAAGUCGAUGGCGUCUUGCACGACUGGGUCGUGCACAAGAAGAAAAGGGCGCGGGUUGGCGGGAAGUGGGUGUGGCUGAAGCCGGCAUUCACGAAGAUCCGCUACCACGACGUCCCUGACCAGAGCAAGCCCAGCGGGCAAGGGGGGUGGGAGGUGUUGCCCGGCGCGGGAAAGGUUGGCGGGUGGCAUGCGCUGAGGUUUGGAGAGGCGGCCCAGCGCGACAUGCGCAGUUGCUGCUCGCUCUCUGGCCUAUGCAAGGUGCGCUCCUUCCAGUGGACGUACUGGAACCGCGGCAGCGAUCUCUGGCUCGCUACUGGCCAGAUGCUCCGCGACGCGUGGGCCAAGGACCACGCUCAGUGA